ACUUGGGUUGUCAAUACUGCUUUUGUAAAACAUGAACCCAAAUGGCUUUCUCAAGGUAGAUCUCCAUUUGUGGCAGUAUGUAGAGUACAGACACCUCACGCCCAGCUAGCAUGGGUACAAAUAGCAGUGUAGAGGGUGAUGCACUACUUAGGCGACUAGAGUAGAAACAUGAACCCUAGGACAUUUAUCCUACACAGUUCUCGAGAUGGCCAAGCAGUGCCUCCCAUGUCUACGCUAUUUUUAGCAGUGUAGUGUCCUGCUGCUGGAGCCUUUCCCUGCCACAGUGAAGGACUCCGGCAAGGGGGAGGUAGGGGGGAAGGACUCCAGCAGUUCCCCCCUGCCAGAGCCUGUCCGUACUGCAGUGAAAAGCUCCAGCAGGGGAGAGGCAAAGGGGAAAAGGCUCUGGCACAGCUCCCCACGACAGAGCCUUUCACUGCCUCGUAGCUACACGCUGCAAUAACAGUGUGCACCUCCCUUUCAUUGCAAUGUGUAGCUGCACACGUAACCUACACUCCACUCUCCCAGUGUUUGAGUGGCUGGCAUACUCCAUAACAAUGGAUACUGAUCCUGUUGUGUGAUGAGUGUGUUAACUUUAUGUAACUUGACCCGUCUCAGGUGACUGGAGCAGGAAGUAGAACCAGGAGGUGAUGACCUCUGUAGGCACAAGUGUCUAGAGAGUCCAAAGGCACCAGUUUGUGGGUUACUCGGGGGGAGGGGGGCUCUAGAGCCCUCCUGGCCUCUCUUCUCCCCCACUUCUCUCCUUCGGAGUCUCGUGGUGGCCUCAGUCUUGACGUAACAUCUGCUGCCCAGCACCAUCAGCCCAGUCCUGAUCCCACUUCAGUGGGAGCAGGAAUCAGACCUGCGUGGUUGUGGGGCCACUGAUGAGAAAUGUCUAGGAAAGCUUUCAGUGCAAAAAUCACGUUUAAAAACAUCACCCAGUGGUCUCCACUGUCUGCUACUGUUUCUUCUCCAGCUACAUGUUACAAUGCAGUUUGCUGCAUAAAAUGGCUGUAUCACCUAUGCAGAGGCCUUUGGAUGAAGAGCUGUUGAGUCCCAUUCCUGCUCUCAAUGGAUCAGUGCCUAUGUCACAGAUGCCUCCACAUGUGUGGACAGCCUCAGGAGAGGUGCCACAAAUAAACAUGGCCCAGUUUGUCCUGGCACCUCCACGUCAGGGCUGAGGCACAUUGGCAGGACAGUGUGGGGGAGCAUGCCCCUGCCAAUGCUGUACCUGUUCUGUGGAUAAACAGGACGGCAGUCUCCAGGGCGCAGUCUGACCCUUCUCAUGAAUGCUAGAAUUGAGACAGGAAAAAAGUGUCCAUCUCCAUUUUGUGUCUGUUAAUCUGGACCUGCACAGCCUUGGUGUUUGAAUUCCCAGGAGGUAGGCCAGGGUAGAAGGAAUCUUACAAGGUGUGUCCCCUGUUUCUCAGCUGCAGUUGCUCCUAGGGACAAGAAAGAGGAUUUUGAUUUCUGGAACCAGGGGCCUGAACUUAGCAGGAAUUUGUUGAGACUUGGAAGGUGAGGAAGUGAUUCUUGGAUGCUGUGCUGGAGUUAAAGGCACUGAGAGGAUGUUGUUGGCAUAAACUGAAGCCCCCUCCUCCCCGGAGAGCCAUCUGAAGCUCUCUGAAAGCUAUGAGAAGAGCAGCCUGUAAACAUCACACUUUGGAAUGACAAUGAAAUAGCUUCAUUCAUCCCUGGAUCAAUCUUUUCUCAGCCUUAACAGGAUGGCUGCCAGCUUUAAUACCUCCACAGCCCUCCAGAGCCACCUCGGGGGGACUGAAACCUCUCUGGGUGCUGGCCUGCUCAAUAAUGUGGCACCUACCUGUCACCGCCGGCCCAAUCGCAGGGCUGAUGGAGGGAGUGCAGUAUGAAGCUAGCGACAUUCAAACAGCAUCAUGCCUCCCUUGGGGACAAACAGUUGGGGUUUUGUGAAUUAUGAAGUGUGGAAGUAUAGGAUUUUCUUAUUGCCAUUCCUGUGCUGGAUACAAAAGCCAAUGGUAAGACCCCCGAGUUCAGGGAGAGGAUACUAAAGGCAGAGAGAAGCCUGCAUUGCCAAUAUACAUCCUCGGGAUCUUUAUCAUUUUGUCUCUAUUGCCUCCUUUCAUUGACUCUUUCCCUUAUUUCUCUUUCCCAUCUCUCUUUCAUUCACUUCUCCCUCUUUUACCCUUUCUGCUCCUGUGGCGAAUUUGAAGGUUUGCCUGCACAAGUUAUAAGCUGUUCCCUGCCUCUCUUGGCAAACACUGGAGUCCAAGCCCUUCUGCCUCUCUGCAGGUUCUUACACGAUGCUUCAUGCCUCAAGGGACCUGUAUAUCGGUGGCUCAAGGCACCAGUGCCGAUACAGGCACCAGCAUGGUGAAAGCUGCACCUUGGGCCACCAACAGAGGGCACCAAUGCUGAUGCCAGACUGUGACCCUGUCCCCCCAUGCAGCAGAUGCCGAGGCUUGUUCCCUCAAUUCCAGAUGAUACCCCUUCAGAGCUCGCAACUCACUUCCUUCCAUAAUGAGGGCUGCUUCCCUCCAUCCAUAAAUGGUUCCUGUGGCAGGGUCCAGCUCUCUCUGGAGAACAAAGCACUGUGGGAGGAGUUCUACACACUUGGCACUGAAAUGAUCAUCACCAAAUCUGGCAGAUGUAUGUUCCCACCUUGCAAAGUGAUUGUUUCCGGCCUGAACCCUCACUCUCUCUACCUGAUGCUGGUGGACAUUGUACCUUUGGACAACGCUCGGUAUAAAUGGCACUGUGGCCACUGGGAGGCAGUUGGAAAACCUGAUCCCCAUUUCCCCAGUCGCUUCUACCUCCAUCCAGAUUCUCCAGCUCCUGGCAAUCACUGGAUGAAAGAACCAGUCUCCUUCCAGAGACUCAAGAUCACCAACAAUACUCUGGAGCAGUGUGAACAUAUUAUAUUGCAUUCAAUGCACAAAUACCAACCACGAUUCCAUGUGGUGCUGACCAGCGCACAUACACUCACCCUGCCCUGGAAUGCUGUGGCCACCUUUGUGUUCCCAGAAACAACUUUUAUGGCUGUGACAGCCUAUCAGAAUUCCAAGGUUACCCAGCUGAAGAUUGAUAACAAUCCAUUUGCAAAGGGGUUCCGAGAGAAUGGCCUCAGCUCUAAGAAGAACCGAGGGGAAAAUGUUCAAGGUACUGAAAUGGUCAAGCAAGCAAGUGCUGAGGAGACAGGCUGUGACCCGCUCACUGGAUGAGAACAAGGGGACCACCGCUCAUCUAGGAAAUCAGAGCCAAUGCAAGUGUGACUUGAAGGAAAGACAAGUUUAGUCCCUUAUCCUGAACAGGGAGAGUGAUACUGCUUUGCAACAUCUGUGCCUCUCAGGGCUUG